UAGGAUUUGACACGCAUCCUUCGUCUUCCUGUCUCAAAGCGACCAGAAGAGCUCGACAACGUCCGACACAAGACACAUUCUCCUGGCUUAUUCAAAACUGUUAAGAAUUUCAGGAUGCCGCGAAUCUUGAACUCCACUGUCCCGUUCUCCCACAUGGCCCAAAGGGACAUCAAAGCUCUCAACUGCCCCAGCUCGGGCCCAGCCUCUCGCACAGAGAGCAAAGGAGGAGAGCGGCACAAAACAAAUCAGAUUAACAUCUGGACAGCCGUGUAUUGUGGAACUGCCGACCAUGAGUGGACACAGAGAACCGAGAAACAGUCCAUUAUUGCACAGGCAGAGUGUGAGUCCCAGGAUUCACAGGAGUUCUGCCCCAAUGGCAGCAUCUCCUCCCAGUCGCUUCUUGGAACCAUCUCUCGCAGUCGGCCCAGAAAGAAACGACAUAAGAAACAUCGGCGAAAGCGGGGCGAGAAGGACAGCCGAGUGAGUGAGUCCGUGGGAGUCACUGGAGUGCCAGAACAGGACAGCGGCGAGUGCCUUUCUUCAUCUCUCAUUCAGGUUAGAGAUCCAGUGUGCAUCAGCAGCAGCAACAACAGUAGUACUACAUACAGCAGCAGUGGCCUCAGCACAGAGAGGGUGUCUGUGCAGGAAACAGAGGGCCCGUCAUACUCUUAUCCGUGGGAGUCCCGGCGGACCUCCUUACCCAGACUCACCUGCUGCCAGAGCUACGGCCAAGAGAGCGAGGAGCUGAAUUCUCCCCUGAGAAGUGAGACUGAAUGCCCUCUGGCUGUUACAGCCCUGAGGAACUUUGUAACAAGCGAAGAUCGCUGCUUUGCAUACGGCUUUGUCAAAGAUGUGCUGAGAGAGGAGAGGGAGAGAGAUGAGGACGAGAGAGAGGAGAGCGACAAGAAUGAAGGGAUCCUGUUCAAAGAGGGGCUACAACCAGUACAUUAUGAGUACAGAGAGGGACGGGAAUAUGAACGCUGUAGAUUUCUCAAGCAGGGCUCCUUCGGAGAGGUCUACAGCAUCAAAGACAAAGGCACCGGCUUCAUGUGUGCCGCCAAAAAGGUGCCGUUGGUGAGUUUCAGCAGUGAGGAGGUGGGCUCGUGGAGUGCCCUGCAGUCUCCUCAGGUGGUGGAACUCUUUGGAGUGGUGCGUGAAGGUCCUUCCAUCAUCCUCUUCAUGGACCUUAAAUCCAGUUCUCUAGGACAGCUGGUGGAGGAACGAGGCCGCCUGCCAGAGGAUCUGUCCCUGCACUACCUUCAGCAAGUAUUGGGGGCGCUAAACUACCUGCAUAGGAAGCGCAUCCUUCAUCUAGACAUCAAAGCGGAUAAUAUCUUGCUGUCAGAAGAUGGGAAAGAUGUAUUCCUGUGUGACUUUGGCUACUCAGAGAGAUUGGACAAACAAGGGCUUAGUUAUUGUAAGAGUCUGAAAGGCACAGAAACUCAUAUGGCACCCGAGGUGGUGCUCAAUGAGCCACGCUCUUCAAAAGCAGACAUCUGGAGCAGCUGCUGUGUGCUUCUGCACAUGCUGAACGGCUGUCAUCCGUGGACCCGCUACUAUUCCCGCCCACUAUACCUCAAGAUAGCAGAAGAGCCUCCGCCAGUGAGGGAAAUCCCACGUGACUGCAGCUCCAAUACAGCAGAUGUCAUAAGAUCAGGACUGCAGAAAGAUCCAAACAAACGAGCCUCUGCCAAAGAACUCUUUGUUAAAACUGCUAAAGCACUUAAAGAAGUGGGGGGACUUCACAGCUCCGCGAGAGGAGGAACCUAUCAGAAGCCACUGGGGAAGCCAGAGAAUCCAGACUCCGCCCAUUCGGCCACACCCACCACAUCCCACCACACCACGUCCUCUGAUAACUCUGAGCAGCAGUGGAUGAGCUCAGAGCACAAGAGGAGAGCAGGUGAUGAGGAACGUCAUGACAAGCCAGACAAGGUAAAACAGUGGAAACGGACAGAGGAGACAAGAAACGAUGACCACUCUCCUCCGAAGUCACUUCUCCACAUUCAAAGCACUUCACCUGAGCCACAGAUCAUCAGUAAGACCGAGCCAGAACCAACAGUGCCGGAAAAAGAGCUGUGGAAAGAUUUCUACGUGAGCAGUCUUUCCCAUCCUCAUUCUGCUGAGCUGCAGGAGCAGUGGCUCUCUUGUCUCAGUAGUGACUGCUUUUCCCCUAGAGAGUACUGGGACAAGAAGGAUUCAGGGCGUUGGUCAGUCGGUCCUGGUGAUGACCUUAGCUCAGGCGUGUUUUCUUACAACAGCCAACAAGAUGGCCAGAGCUUCAGCAGGGACUGGCUCGCCCCCAAACAUCAACCCCCGCCCCGCUGCUUUGACGGGGUGGAUGUUUAUAUUAGGGACUUUGACGGGAAAUGCUUUCACAUUCGGGAGACGCCCGGGGUGAAAGUAGGCCAUGUUGCAAGAGGAAUCAGCGAUCAGAUCUCAGAGAACGUGUUCAGUCUGCAAACAGAGGAUGGUUGCUUGGUGCCCCUUGACAAAGAGGUCCUAGAGAACAGCCUGUUUUUGCGCUGCGUCCCGGCCCCUGACUCCAGCCACUAUCAUCAGUAUGGACACAACCCCUGCUGCACCCUCGGCCCCGACUGCAAACUGCCAUGGAGCUGGAGGAUCAGAGAGGGGGUGCUGGAGACUAGAGACUGAUCUCUCCAUCUCCAUCUGUUUCUGUCAAGCUUUCUGAUCCAGUCAAAGUACCUGUGCAUUGAAUUAGUAUUCGUGAAUCUCAUUUGGGCCUCUCGUCGGCCAAACUUUUGAGCCAUUGUCAUAUUAUUGAUUUACAUUCUCAGUAUUUAGUUGUUUUAACUAUGUAGGUCUUUUGUUGCGCUGUGUUGCGAAGAUCAUCGUGAGCCUUCAAAGAGUCAUUUCAUGAUUAAUGGCAAGUUAGUCGAUCGAGUAUAUGCCUUAAACCUUGAGCUCUUAUGAGUUAGUUUUCUAUGUCAGUACGGUUUACCUGUGGGACAUUAAGAUGUACAUCAAAAUUUGAAAUAAUCACCGAUCUCCUUUCUAAGAACUGUAUUUUCGAGCCUUUCAAUAAAAAUACUUCUUUUUUUCCCCCGCAGUUGUCCCAAUUGUCUGUGA